CUUUAGAUAAGCCACAACUAGGAAUAAUUAAUCCACAAAAUAGGGACGAUAAUGAGUAUUUUAAAUGGUGUAUAAAUCCAUUACAUAUUUCAGAACGUAAUUAUCAAGUAGAGCAUAUAAUAGAUUUAUUAUAUUUAACAGAAGGUGAAGAGAGUUUAAAUGAUCAAAAAAAUCAAAAUGAUAUACCAGAAGGCUUAAAAACACAUUAUGUAUAUAUAACAGAUUUCGAGCAAUUAAUGUAUAAGUGGAAUAACCAUCAUGAUAAAAAAUACUUUUGCCGAAAAUACUUGCGAUUUCCAUAUAGUCGAUUAGAUUUAUUACAAAAACAUAUUCUUACAUAUCCAGAUCCAAAUAAGGCUUCACAACGUUUAAUUCUUCCAGAAGAAG